GUGUGAAGUAAGCAAUCUGUUCUCAUUUGCUAUUAACAGCAAGAGCACAACUUUAUCUCUUAACUUAUUUGACUUCAUUAUUUGGCUUUCGAUUAACAAUAUGAACGCCGUACAGAAAUUAGCCUGUGACCUAUAAGAUAGAGAUUUAAGUAAUUUGAUGAAAACAUUACAUGAGAUGAUAUUCAGAUUUUCUCUCAAGGCAGGACUCCAACACCGCAGGUGGAAAACCAACAAAAGGAACAAGACAGAAAGGAGGAAAGGGAAGAUGAAAGACCGACUUCAAGAACUAAAGCAGAGAACAAAGGAAAUAGAACUUUCUAGAGAAAGUCACAUGUCAACUACAGAAGCAGAAGAACAAGGGGUGUUUCUGCAGCAAGCUGUUAUUUAUGAAAGAGAGCCUGUAGCUGAGAGAUAUCUACAUGAAAUCCAGAAACUACAGGAGAGCAUUAACAAUUUGGCAGAUAAUGUUCAAAAAUUUGGGCAACAACAAAAAAAUCUGGUGGCUUCAAUGAGAAGGUUUAGUCUACUUAAGAAAGAGUCUAGCAUUACAAAGGAGAUAAAAAUCAAAGCAGAACACAUUAACAGAAGUUUGGAUGAUUUAGUUAAAGAAGUUAAAAAGUCAGAGGUUGAAAAUGGUCCAUCAUCAGUGGUCACAAGGAUACUUAAAUCUCAGCAUGCUGCAAUGUUCCGUCAUUUUCAGCAAAUCAUGUUUAUAUACAAUGACACGAUAGCAGCAAAGCAAGAGAAGUGCAAGACAUUUAUCUUCCGUCAGCUUGAAGUUGCUGGAAAAGAGGUACCUGAAGAAGAAGUAAAUGAUAUGCUUCAUCAAGGAAAAUGGGAAGUCUUUAAUGAAAGCUUACUUACAGAAAUCAGUAUCACUAAAGCACAACUUUCAGAGAUUGAACAGAGACACAAGGAACUUAUUAAUUUGGAGAACCAAAUAAAGGAUUUAAGGGAUCUUUUCAUUCAGAUAUCUCUUUUAGUAGAGGAACAAGGAGAAAGCAUCAACAAUAUUGAAAUGAUAGUGAAUAGUACAAAAGAAUAUGUUAACAAUACUAAAGAAAAAUUUGGACUGGCUGUAAAAUAUAAGAAAAGAAAUCCUUGCAGGGUAUUGUGUUGUUGCUGCUGUCCAUGCUGUGGCUCAAAAUAAAGAAGCUAUUUUA